GUGCGGCCGAUUUAGUUCAUGACGGAACGUGUUGAAGAGCACACGAAUGUUUAUCGUUCCCUCCAAAAAGCGCCGGUUUUUUACGCUCUUUUUUUCAUUUGACGCCAAUAACUGAAAAUAAUCGAGUUGAAUCAAUUUUUCCUAGUGCCUGUUCAUUUGUGUUGCCAUCUUGUCCCGCUCGCUCACUUACCCACGUCUUCCUUUUCUCAAACUUACCUAGUGCAGCUUUAUGCGUUUUUAGUGUUUACAUCAACAAGUGCGAUCAUGCUAUUUGUGUUUUUUGCUUUUUAGUGUUUGAUUUUUGCAAAGACUCAUUUUUAAAUUGUUUCACUUGGUUGAUAAACUGAUGUUGCGAACUGUGCCCGAUACGACGAUGCAUCUUUGGAUGUGUUUGGUGCUUUCGACUUUGUCCAUUUCCAAAGCAAUUUUCGUUGGAGGCGAGCAGGAUAUUGCCAGUCCUUUAAGGGUGGCUCAAUGUAGAGCUACGUGUUUGGAAAAGUUUGUCAAUGGAGCCCUCCACAAAGAUGCCUGUUUACAGGGUCCCGAUUGUUUUAUGUGUUGGGAGAACUGCGAACUGCUGCAGUCGAACUUUCAAAUCUGGGGCCAAAUGUGCGAAGAAAAAGAAAUUUGUUUUCCCGGCUGUCAACAAGCAUGCAAGUUUCAUCAAGAAGCUCUCUUUACCGCACAGCAAUCGCAGCCAGUGAUUCACACCAAAGGAGAAGCUGUUAUCCAAGUGUCUGGAGCAAAAGCCCAAUGGCCUAGUAGGCCUAUUUCGGUAAACCUCAAUGUUCCCGUCGUUUACGUGGUUAUGAGGAAGAGUCAAACGGGGCCCUGGAGGCAAAUCAUCCAGACUCUGGACUCUUCCACUAGAGUGCCAGUAGAUCAAGGAAAUGCCAUGUUGAGAGUGCUCGUAGUCGACCCGCAAGGGCUUCUAACGAUCUACAGCCCAGAUGAGGAGAGCCUGAAGAAGAACAAAAAGCGAAAGAAGACAAUCAACACGGAAAUCAAAGCAACUACCCUCAAGACGCCUCACUUUGAAGAAAACGCCCCUUGGGUUCUGAAGGAGGUGUCUCUGAUCCACCAGAAGGUGCUGGUCAUUGGCGAAAUAGCCUGGGAACCCAAAACUGUUAGAGGCGUUUACCUAGUCACAUGGGAAGUAGAUGGAGGAGGCCUCAAAGGCAAUCUCUUCACAGACUCCACUUGUGUGACUUUAUCUUUAUGGCCGGACACGAUUUACCACAUUCAAGUCGAGUUAGUCUCUAGAAUACCGGGGGUAGAAAACAUUAAGUCGCAAAUGAUGGAUCUUGAUACAGGCCGCGCUCAAAAAGUGUCAACGGAAACAGAUGCAAAUGCCCUUCCGGAAGAGAGUCCCGAAGAACUCAAGUCGCCUCUACUAUCGGUACUGUUUAGCGCUGUUCGAGGUGAGAAAGUAGCCAAGUCCGACCGGUACUAUAAAGACGUAGCAGCCGCUCUAGUUGAAUGUUUUGGAAUUAUGGUGGUUUUAGUGUUUGUCAUAGUAGCUUUGAGGAAAAUCUGGAAUGUGUAUGUGAGGCGAAGGAUGGAUCCGCGGAAAUUGGUGGAGGAUUACAAUUCUUAUCCAGAUUACCCUCCAAUAGUGACCGUAUUAACGCCAACAGAUUCACUGUCACUUCCAAAAUACCACUUGGAAAGUGAUCACGCUACCAGAAUAGCUGAAGAGUUCCAUCAUCCUCCAUGCGAAUCGCGAAUGAAGACUGACGCCCAGGUUUGACGGCAAUCAAAGUGAUAUUAAAUCUAAAUUAGUGUGCGGAAGUGAACAGAAAUCAAACACUUUUCAAGUUCCUAAGUUUGAAGUUUUGCUCCUUAAACCUCGAGUCAGUGUAGACUGUACAUAGUGCCAGCUUCUAUCGUGACAGUGCUUGAUUGUAUACAGUUAGAUAAUUUUUUGUUUGUUUAAAUAAGGACUUUUAGAGUCGUGUUAUCGUUGCCAAAAUCGUGAUCAUCUCAGAUAGAAUUGUAUUGUUGAGUUCAGCUUGGAAAUUGAUAUUGAUUACUUCAAAUACACAUGUAUUUGAUUGUGACAUCUUAAUAUGCUUAUUUAACAUCUUAAUAUAAUGAAUGAAUCAUGUCCCAUUCUGAACCAUUCACUGAAGAGAUUGUUGUUCUAAACGCCUGUGCUUGUAUUAAAAAUCCUAGUCAUUAAAAUGUAACAUGCGAGCAACAUUUUACGUCUUCCUACCUAUACUAAAUUUUGUUCUAGAGCUAAAUUAGAGGUAUUAAAAGAGAAACAAAAAAAUCAAAAUUAUACGUAUACAAUGUGCAUUGAUAAAUUAAGUGUAAAUAUGGACAUACGUUGUGUGAUUUUUUUGUAAAUAUUGUUCGAUAUUUUUGGUUCGCAUCUUUGCCAGCUGUUUUUAUUUGUAGAAAGUGAACUAUUUAUUUCACAUAAUAUCGUUUUAAUUUCUUGGAUUACUUUUUUUGCCAAAAAAAUUGAACUUUGUUUGCACGUUGUUGUACAUAUUUUCCCCUCAUGACAUCACCUUAUUAAUUUGACUGUGUUAUAUAAGUUUAAGUCUAGUUAAUUUAUUCAUCCUAGUGUGUAAUUGUUCGUUUGACAUUUAUUUGUAAAUAGUAGUUUUAGCGGAGUUAGAUUUACAUGAAUCAAAAAAGUGUUUACCUUCUGGUGAACAAAAACUCAUCAGAAAUCAGUCCAAAAAAAUUAACACUCGAUGAUUAAUCGAGAACGUAAACUUAAACUAGCAAAAUGCUUCUUUUUUGUUUCGUUUUGUAGUUUUGGAAGGUUAUUUUUGUAUUUGAAACUUCGAGUAAAUGAUAAAUACUCUUAGUGAUCCUGUAAAAAUGAAUGUGAAUGUAAAUAUCAGAGCAAUUAAAUAAAAAUGAAAUUAUCUGCCAGAA